UACGUUCUUCCUUAGACGGAGAGGUGUGGUCGAGGUCAGGACAAGCAGAGGGAAAGUUCGAACCACAGAUGGCAGUCUCUCAAUUGCAGAGGAUAGUUUGGAGUUGAACGGAGAAUUCGAUACCAGUAACAGUUCGCAAAUUCGGAGUGGGGGAGAGGGAGAGGGGCGCCGAGUACGUCGAACAUUUAGCGGGAGCUUGCACUGAAGUGAUAACUCAAGAAUAUUUGGCCCAAAUUCGACCUCUACCGCUGGGAGGAGGGGACGGGGAAGUGGUAGUGACAAUGGCGCCAUCGAGAGAUGGCAGGCGAGAAACACACGACUAUGUGCCGUCGUCACCAUCUGAAAUUCAGUAUCACUCACACCGGGGUGCAUCUCACAAAUCCGAGCGUGAUCGCCGUGAACACCACACGUCAAAGCACAAACGAGAAAGUGAUCGAGGAGAUCAUCAUUCUCCCAGCCGGAGCUUAGAACGCGGUGAGAGGUCAGACAGGAAAAGGUCAAGACGAAGCAGGAGUCGUUCGAUCGAUAGGAGUAGCCGUGACAAGGACAGAAAAGUUUCUCACAGGAGUCGAAGUCGAGAAAGGGAUAGGAAAGACAGGCGCAGUUUUCCUAGAAACAGAAGUCGGAGCCGUAGCAAUGAUAGUAAAGAUGGUCAUAGAAGCAGGAGCCGGAGUCGUGAUAGGAGGAAUUCUCACAGAAGCCGAAGUCGUAGUGGAGAUCGAAGUCACAGGAGUCACAGCCGUGACAAGAAGGAAUUGAAAGGAAAAGAUGGAGAAGAUGGCGACUUAAAGUAUGCGAAGGCGGAAGAGCGGAUGGAGGAAGUCAUCGAUAAAAGAAGAGAGAGGGAAAGGGAUGCUGGAUUUGAGGCGGAAAGGAUUGUGGAGAGGUCCAAGGUGGACAAUGACAUGGAAGAGGAGGGAGAAAUCCACGAGGAAGUGAAGGUUGAGGCUCACUUGGAAAAGCAAAGUGAAGACGGUCUAAGCCCUCAGAUGGGGGAAGCCAAAAAACUUGAGCCCCUCUCUUUGGAAGAAAUUUUGAAAAAGAAAAAGGAGGAGGCACUGCAACAAGCUAAGCCCGUGUUUCUAACCAAGGCUCAAAGGGCGGAACUUGCCAUCAAGCGUCGCCAGGAAGAAGUUUUGGAGCAGCGGAAAAGGGAACAAGAGCAGCGGAAGCUCCUGAGUAUGCCGUCAGAGUCUUCACGGAAAGAGCACGAUGGUGACCGAGAUCGCUCACGUCAAAGAGAUCGAGAGCGAGAGCAUGAAAGAGAGCGGGAUCGUGAACGUAGAGAGCGGGAACGUGAACGAGAAGAGGAGGCGAAAAGAGAGCGUGUAGAGAAGCAGAUGACCAGAGAGAGGGAAAAGGAACUAGAAGCCAUCAAGGAGCAGUAUCUCGGUGCCAAGAAGCUGAAGAAGCGCGUCGUCAAGCCAAGUGAAAAAUUUCGCUUCUCUUUUGAUUGGGAGAACACUGAAGACACUUCACGUGAUAUGAAUCCCAUCUACCAAAACCCUCAUGAAGCACAACUUCUGUUUGGACGUGGUUUCCGGGCGGGAAUGGAUCGCAGGGAGCAAAAGAAGCUAGCAGCAAAAAAUGAGAAGGACUUGCGAGCGGAGAUUCGGGCCAAAGACGGAGUUGAGGAAAGGCCGGAGGAGGCCGAAGCUCAAAAGCAGAAAGAGGAAGCAGCCAACGUUUAUGAUACGUUUGACAUGCGUGUAGAUCGGCACUGGUCUGAGAAGAAGAUUGAAGAAAUGACCGAAAGAGAUUGGCGUAUUUUCCGGGAAGAUUUCAACAUAUCUUACAAGGGAUCUAGGAUUCCCCGACCAAUGCGAAACUGGGAAGAGGGAAGCUUGAGUCCAGAGCUGCUGAAAGCGGUGGCUAAGGCAGGUUAUAAAAAACCUUCUCCAAUUCAGAUGGCCGCAAUCCCAAUAGGGCUUCAGCAAAGAGACGUUAUUGGAAUAGCAGAGACAGGUUCUGGAAAAACUGCAGCCUUUGUCUUGCCUAUGCUUACUUACAUUUCAAAGCUGCCUCCUAUGACCGAAGAGAUCGAAGCGGAAGGUCCUUACGCUGUAGUCAUGGCUCCUACACGAGAGCUAGCACAACAAAUUGAGGAAGAAACGGUCAAGUUUGCACAUUAUCUUGACAUACGAGUGGUAUCCAUUGUUGGAGGUCAGUCGAUCGAGGAGCAAGGUUUCAAAUUACGGCAGGGUUGUGAGAUUGUCAUAGCCACACCUGGUCGACUUCUGGAUUGUCUGGAGAGAAGAUAUGCUGUGUUGAACCAGUGUAAUUAUGUUGUUCUUGACGAGGCUGAUCGCAUGAUCGACAUGGGUUUUGAGCCGCAAGUUGUCGGAGUCUUGGAUGCAAUGCCAUCUAGCAACUUGAAACCAGAUAACGAAGAUGCGGAGCUUGAUGAGAAGAGAAUAUACCGAACAACAUAUAUGUUCAGCGCUACUAUGCCUCCCGCCGUUGAACGGUUGGCUCGCAAAUAUUUACGAAACCCCGUCGUGGUGACUAUCGGAACUGCCGGAAAGGCAACAGAUCUGAUUACUCAGCAUGUUAUGAUGCUGAAAGAUGGAGAGAAACUGGACAGGUUGCAGCGUGUUCUCAAUGACAUGGGAGACAAGACAGCAAUUAUUUUUGUGAACACAAAGAAAUCUGCUGAUUCAUUGUCGAGGCAGCUUGAUAGGUUAGGCUACCGAGUGACCACACUGCAUGGUGGGAAAACCCAGGAGCAGCGAGAGAUAAGUCUGGAGGGCUUCAGAAAUAAACGUUACAACUGUCUGGUUGCAACCGAUGUUGCUGGACGUGGUAUCGAUAUACCUGAUGUGGCGCAUGUGUUGAACUUUGACAUGCCCAACAAUAUUGAACAGUAUACUCAUCGAAUUGGUCGUACGGGUCGUGCUGGAAAAACCGGAAUAGCCACGACGUUCUUGACACUUGGAGACACGGAAGUGUUCUAUGACUUGAAACAGAUGCUUAUGCAGAGCAACAGUCCUAUUCCCCCUGAAUUAUCAAGACAUGAAGCUUCCAAGUUCAAACCAGGUUCGGUUCGCCAUCUUUGAUGAUCAAUUUUGACGAUCAUUUUUGGUGAGCUUUCUGGAUAUGGCUGUGAUAUUUCGUAAGUUUCUGUGAGUAAUUCAAAUUUUUUCUUUUCGGGACUGGCUAUUUAUGCAAUCAGUUUGAUUUUCACAUGACAGUUUGCUAUUAGCUUAAUGAUGCUUUGAGCCGCUUAAGUCGGCAAUUUUGAAUCCAGUUUCAUAUUAUCCUGAACUUGUCUCGCUUGCCCAAAAAAGUCCUAUGCUGAAAACGAAGGUCCACGUUGUCAUCUAGACAAUUGCGUUUCUCGUGACGUUUAUGUUUUAGCGGUGUUAUCGUGGUCCAAGGACAACUAAGCUCCAUCCUUGUUUACAGGCACCGUACCUGAUCGGCCUCCUAGAAGAAACGAUACCGUGUAUGCUCAUUGAUUGUAAUAUAGAAAAACCUACACGAAGUACUCGGCAAAUGUCGUACCACAGUGGCAAGCAUGUGAUUGUAUACUAUAAACAAAACGGAGUGUUUGUUUUCUCUCUUUUGGGCCCUGUUGAGCAUAGUUCGACUUGAGUUCUAGCCAACAUAGCUUUAUGAUAAGUACACGUCGGACACUGAGCAAGGACUAUUGCUUUUCCAGAAUUAGUUGGGCCUAGAGGUACACUCCUGCAUUGUGAAAUUGUGACCUGUAAUGAUUUCAAGGAAGUAUGUUUCUGAGCUGAACGGGGAGCUACGUUUAAUAUUCG